UCGCUGAAGAAGCUGAAUCACGCAAAUGUGGUGAAACUCAAAGAGGUUAUCAGAGAGAACGAUCACCUCUACUUUGUCUUUGAGUACAUGAAGGAGAACCUAUACCAGCUUAUGAAGGACAGCAAAAGUUUGCACCUCCCCACUGCAUUAGGCUCUUCUUUGCACCUGCACCUGCUACCAAACCUUCUCAGGGGGGAGUCCCAAAUGUUUUUGUCAAUUUGGAAACCCCAUGUGUGUUGACGUGUCGUUCCCACCUGGGCCUUGUUUUCAAAGUCAAAAAACAGACAAGUCAAGGAAGCAGCUAUUGGUGGUUACAAUAAAUAAAUGUUUCACAUGUGCAUUUUUUUUUGUUCAGUACCGGUUAGUGUGUGAAGACAAACAGAAUGUGUAACGAUGCUUUCAUUAUCUGGCUCAUGAGAAUUUUCACCAACUUUAUGUUCACAGAAAAAAAUUGUUCCCUGAAUCAGUGAUAAGAAACAUAAGCUUUCAGAUUUUACAAGGCCUGUCGUUUAUUCACAAACAUGGUAGGUGUCCCUCAUGACUCGCAAGUGUACAGUAUGGGAGUGGUUUCAUACUGCAAGAUUCAAAGUAUUGUAAAUACAAUUUUGCAACAAAAUGAUAAAGAAUCUGUAUAUGCAGAGUAUUUCACUGAACGACUAAAAAUGGAUAGACUGAUUAUUUACUGAUGACCUUCUUGUAGUGUGUGAACUCUCCAUACCUCCCUUGUGUUCACACUUGUCUAACUCUCUGGUCUGAGGAAUCAAUGGAUGUGCGGAUGCCUAGCAGAAAGCACUCAGAUAAAUGUCCUGGUGAAUGUGUGCAUAUUUAAAUGCAGAAACUCAUACUCAUUGUACAGGACCAUGCUUCCACACAUCCAAUGUGCAUGUACUUUCCAGACUUCUUCUUCAUUUUAACAGCUUUCUAUACUUUCUCUUUUCUCUCUGUUUCCUUCCUUCUUUCCUUUCACCUUUCGGUGUGCCGUUAGAGAGAAUAAGAUGUUCUCAGAGAAUGAAAUUAGGAACAUCCUGUUUCAAGUGCUGUCUGGGUUGGCUUUUGUGCAUAAGCAUGGUUUCUUCCAUCGAGACAUGAAGCCGGAGAAUCUGUUGUGCAUGGGUCCAGAGCUGGUCAAAAUAGCAGAUUUUGGACUGGCCAGAGAGAUUCGCUCUAAACCUCCCUACACAGACUACGUGUCAACUAGAUGGUACCGAGCUCCAGAGGUCCUGCUCAGGUCAUCUACCUACAGCUCUCCUAUUGACCUGUGGGCUGUGGGCUGCAUCAUGGCUGAACUCUACACACUCAGACCCCUUUUCCCCGGUAACAGUGAAGUAGAUGAGAUCUUCAAGAUCUGCCAAGUCCUGGGAACUGUUAAAAAGACGGAUUGGUCAGAGGGGUACCAACUAGCAUCUGCUAUGAACUUUCGCUUCCCCCAAUGUGUACCGACCCACCUGAAGACACUUAUCCCGAACGCCAGCAAUGAAGCUAUUGCCCUGAUGAAGGACCUGCUGCAGUGGGACCCCAAGAAAAGGCCCACUGCUGUGCAGUCCCUUCGCUAUCCUUACUUCCAGGUAGGGCAGGUGUUGGGUCCUCGUCCUCAGAGUCAGGAGGUCAAGAAGGUCCAAAGCAGACCACUGGCCCAGAAACAGGCGUCUGAGUCGAGAACCGAUCCGCAGCAGUCUUCCUCUGAGUCCAAAGCGUCCACAUCGUCUUCCAGAAAUCAUCAUCAGCAUCCGCCUCUUCAGCAGAUCCCCCUGCCCCAAGCUGAGAGUAAACCAGGAGGCCUCGGGAAUGCAAAGGCAGCACAGCAUGGCAGUGAGAACAAUGUUGGCAUCGGGGCGCUGAAGAGUGGUCGGCGUCGCUGGGGCCAGACGGUGGCCAAGACCUCAGACAGCUGGGAGGAAUCUGAUCCGUCAGAAAACGCUGCCUCCACCUCCAAGAAACCCAGCCUGGGCAACGCAGAGGAGGAGAGGAACUCUAAGGAGCACUGUCCACAGCCCAAGGAGCAGAAACCUCUAUAUUCCUUCAGCACAGUUACUAAGCUUCCUAACAAUGUUAAGGUUGGACAAAUGGACUCAAGUCUCCCAGGAUCUGCGGCUCGGCAGCACUAUCUCAGCCAGUCCCGAUACCUUCCAGGUUUGAUUGGCAAGAAUCAGGGUUCCUCAGGAGAUAAGGAGUUGAGCGGUAUGACGCUGCGGGACCUGUGGGAGAACUCCUCUAAUGCUGUAAAUAAACCACUUGGUCCUAUUGGAGGGGGAUUAUCUGUCACCAGAGCCAAUGCAGAAGAGAAAUCCGUGGAAAGCCCAACAGAGAAAACUGUUGUUAAAGAAAGAAUACUCGAGAAAAUCGAUCUCUCCAAAGGGAACUUUGUGAGCACCAAGUACAAUCUCUCUGGAGGUUACAUCCCUUCUUUCCAAAAGAAAGAGGUCGGCUCAGUCGGACAGAGAAUCCAGCUCGCCCCUUUGGCUGGCCAGCACACAAUCAGUCUUUCUUCUUCUUCACCUGAUAAUAAAAAAGACAAGUCAAAAUCCACAAAGCUCAAGCCCAUAUCCAACUCGUCACUGAGUGAAACUAGUGAAGAUUACGAGGGCUGGAAGAAGAGGACAGAAAGGGCUCAGGUGAAGGGGGGCAGCUAUUCGGCGCUGGGGAAAACUUCUGGUAAUCUCCUAACCAGAGCUCCCGCUGUUCAGCCCAUCCACGGGAGGGUGGACUGGACGUCCAAGUACGGUGGAAAUCGAUAGUUGAGGGAAGCAGGCGUUACGACUUCCACUGCUCAUUGGGCUUUGUCUCCAAAUGGUAGACAUCUUUGUUGAGAAAAUGAUUCCCGACAGCAGUUUUAACCACAUUAAAACAUCUUGGACAUAUACUGAUACUCACAGGUUUUCCCAAGAUGUCCAUGACACAUCCUGCAUUCCUUCUGAAUACAUAAAUUCACGUUUAGACACUGUCGGAUCAACUAUAUGUGCAUGGAAAUCUCUAUUUUGGAGAUGACGGUUGCCAUGAUGCUGAACCAAGACUGCUACUGUCUGCAAGACAAUCCCACUGCAUUCCUGAGGGAUCCAGUGCGAGCCAAUCCUACUGUCAGUGCUAGGAAAUUUAGAAUAGCAUUCAAAUGUAGCAAAGCUCUUUUAUACUGUAGUUUUUAUUGUCGAGUAUUGUGUCACUACUCAUGAUGAAAUGACAGUCUUUUAUCAAUGGUUCUUGAAUGGUAUAUUCUCUCUGCUUUAAUCCACCACAUGGAAAAGGACACACAAAUCUCCAGUGCAGUGUCUGUAUAGACUUACUCUUUGUAUUAUGCAAUGUAUAACCUGAACAUUUUGUAACCGUUUUAUACAAAUAAAUACAUGGAAAUUUAAAAAA